AUGGCCCCACAAUAUGCCAAGCAGAGAGCUGUGUACCUAGAAAAAGAAUUCCUCAAGAAUUGUACCACCAAACUGUUGUCCCCAAAGGACAGGGCUGCCUCGGCGCAGAUUCGCUAUUACCCCGAAGAAAUGGCCAAAGGGUCCUUCGUGGACAAUCUCGCCAAGGAUUUUGGACUGUGUGUGGGAGAACUGCCGGAUCGCAGGCUCCGUGUGAGCUCGGAGAAGCAAUACUUCACGGUGAAGGGAGAAAAUGGGAACCUGUAUGUGAGUGACCGGAUAGACCGGGAGGAAAUAUGCGGAACACCACUGUGCACUCUCAGUUUCGAAGCUGUGGUGGAAAAUCCUUUGAACGUUUUCCACGUGAAUGUUGAAAUCGAGGACAUUAACUAUAACGCCCCACGCUUCAAGACAAACAGUACUGAUCUAGAAAUUACCGAAUCUGCAGUGCCCGGUGCACGAUUUCCAUUAGACGCUGCACAAGAUCUAGAUAUUGGGGUUAACUCGCUUCAGAAUUACCACAUUACCAAAAAUCCGUAUUUUACCUUGGCAAUGAAAGAUACCCCUGAUGAAAGCAAAUAGCAUAAUUUUGGAAAAAAAUUUGACAGGGAAAAACAAAAUUCCCAUCACUUGAUCUUGAUGGCACUGGACCGGGGAGAUCCAAUCAAAACUGGAAUCACUCACAUUCGGAUUAAUGUUGCUGACGCCAAUGACAAUACCCCGGUAUUUAGUGAAGAUAUCUACCAGAUCAUCCUAAGGGAAAAUCUUCCAAUAGGAUCCUUAGUAGUGCAGGUGAAAGCCACUGAUGCAGACGAAGCAUUGAAUGCAAAGAUCACAUACACGCUCACCAGCCUUCCGGACAAUGCUCGCAUAUCAUCUCGUUUAGAUCCUGAGAAUGGAGAAAUAACAAGUACAGGAACUCUCGAUUUUGAGGAAACAAAAAAAUACACCAUGCUCAUAGAAGCUAAGGACGGCGGUGGUCAAACGGCGCACUGCAUAGUUCAGAUAGAAAUUCUUGAUGAGAACAACACCCCUGAACUGAUAUUUCUCUUGGUGUCCAGCCCCAUUCCCGACCACUCAAAGCCGGGGACUGUGAUCGCGUUGAUUAAAGUUCGUGAUCCAGACGCCACGGCUAACGGAGAAUACACCUGCCGCAUUCCGGACAACCUGCCCUUCAAGCUGGUGUCGUCCUCCAAGAACUACUACAAGCUGGUGACCGCCGGCGCCCUGGACAGAGAGCGCAGCCCCGACUACAACGUCACGGUCACGGCCACGGACAAGGGCGCUCCGCCGCUCGCCACCACCCAGACCGUCCGGCUCCAGGUCUCGGACGUCAACGACAACGCGCCGCUCUUCGACGAAGCGUCGUACAGCGCCUACGUGGCGGAGAACAACCCGGCGGGGGCCUCGCUUCUCCGCGUGCGAGCCUCGGACCCCGACCUGGGCCGCAACGGCCGAGUCACCUACUCGCUGGUCAGCCCCGACGGCGGCGGCGACGGCACUUUGCCCUACUCCUACCAGCUGUGUUUGUCCUCCGACGCCGGGAAGGAGGACCUCGGCCUCCUGAAGCCGCAGGUGCCGGCAGCCGGGAGCAUCCUGUGUGGCGCCAGCCCCGGGGUGUUGCCUACUGAGAAUGGCUGUAGCGCCUUCCAAGCCGAGACGGAGACUGCGCGGGAGCUGAGGAGUAUCAUUUCAUCCUCGUUUUGUUCAGGAUUUUGA